AUGGACAUCAAGUGCAUCAAGAACAGUCUGGCUGGGUAUAUGCGGGCUUAUGAAACCAGAAGGGAAAUGCAUCUUCAGGAGUUGUACAAACAAGGUCAAGCAGCUUAUGAGCUGGAGAUGAGGUACGCCAAGGGGGAAGACUUUCCUCAGUUGGCUUUGAAACCGGACGCUGGACGUAACAGAUGGUGGAAAAAGACUGUAGGCCGUUUCAUUAAGGCUGUCGUCCGUGUCUUCUCCGUUUGA